AUGGCGCCGCAAACACUCGACCAGAUUGUCAAAGGCGCACCGGCGCCGAGCACAAGCCUGAACAAGGUGGCCGAGAGCGUCGAGAGCGACCCGCCGCCGUACUCUGCGUCCAUCCUCCAAGACACACCCCACAAUGCCAACAACGACCGCCUGCCCACCAUCAAGACCCCGCGACCGCCCGUCCUUAGCGAUCCGACAUCCCUCCUCCCCUCGUCGCCGCCGCAAAUCUACCUGAAUCUCCUCAUACUCGAAGCCAGUCUUCGCAGCCAAUACCUCACCCUACGCGCCCGCCGGCGGCAGAACACUUUCGUCCUCACACUGUUGGCGGUAUGGAUAGGCUUUUGUUUCUACCUGUUGUGGUUGCGUCCACGAGAGGAUGGCAAGGGUAUUGGAGGUUCACAAUACUGGCUCGUUGAUAUGCUGCAGAAGGUUGGCUUCAUAACAGGCGUCGUCACCGCUCUGCUCUUCUGGGCGACUGGACAAUGGGAGAGAGGGGUUAGAUGGCCGCGCCGGUGGAUCGGCGUUGCAAAUCGAGGGCUCAGAGGCAUGAACGCCAAGAUUGUCGUCAUACGGGGGCCGUGGUGGAGAGAGCUGGUAGAAUGGGGUCACUUUGUCGUGCCUUUCUCUGGUGGGCUGUGGGGUGGGGAGCAGGGAGGCAGUUCCUACCACUUCAUCAACGUCGCGCAGGAAAACAAGCAUGCAUUAGACGGCGGCCGACCCCGCCAUCGCAUCGUGGAAGAUGGCAAGGAAUACGCCGAGGAAGACAUUGCACCGGGAGGCGACUACAUCAAGCUACUCCUCCUCCCGAAGCCCUUCACACCCGACUUCCGUCAAGAGUGGGAAGUCUACAGAAACGAAUACUGGGCCACGGAGAACGAGCGACGAGCUGAGCUGCGGAAACGCGUCCGCGCCAGACAACGUGAGAUUGCAAGAGAAGAAGGAGGAUGGCUAUGGUGGACCGGCUGGCGAGGCUGGAAGCGCGCACGCGGUCUCAGUGGACGAAGCGCCGACGUAGAAAAGAGUGGCCAUCACCAUGGUCACAGCCAUAGCCUCUCGCAUACAGGCUCACGGAAGCGACGACAAAGUUUACUGCAAAACCCAAGAGGAAGGGACGGGUCGCAUUCCCGUAGCUCUUCGCGAAGCACAACGCCCACCCCCGACCUCGACAUGGACGGUCGUCUCCGGCCUGCCGAAAGCCGCGAGCGUCGAUGGAGUAACACGUCCACCAGUACAACCACGAGUCGCAAGUCAUCUCUCCGCUCUAACUCAACCAUCACACAGGGUAACGCGCAAUCGGCAAGACAACCGCCACAAAGAAGCAGCGUGGGGUCCCGACCUAGUACGCCUAGUGAGGGGAAUCUACCCUGGCAGAGUAAGAGAGCUAGCAUGCUGAGUAAUGCGUCGAGUAUGAGUGAGAUGGAGGAAGAUGGCGGGUAUGAGGCUGCGACUGAGGGGAGGGGUGAUAUGAGACCGCCGGUAAGGCCGGUCGGGAAGAGGAGGAGCAGUCGCGAGGGUGGUAGCAAUAGUAGUGGAAGGGCCGAGAGCGCUUGA